AUGAGCGCCACCGAACUCGCAACAGCGGACCUCCCGUCCGGCGACCCGAUCCCGUCGUCCGCGCCUCCCGCACCGGUCCCCUCGCCAAAACCGUUCCCGAUCCGCGCCCUCCUCGCCGCGGCCCCCUCCAACGCAGACGCCUUCCUCGCCCACCUCCAGCGCUGUCUGCAGACCCCCUCGGGCAUCGACACCACCCUCCUCCUCAUCUGCUACGCCUCGCGCCUCUCCGCCUCCGCCCUCGAAGCCCUCACCCGCCCCGCCAUCCGCCGCAGCGCGGACAAACUCCUCGCUAUCGCAGCGAGCUUGCCCCCCUCCGCCACCCUCGUCUUCUCCGCCCGCAUGCUCCCCGGUGGCGGCGUUGCCGCGAUCCUGGAACUCGCGAAACGCCUCCGCGCGCUGAGUGUUCUGCUUAGUGACGCAAGAACGUUCCUGCGUCUGUGGGGACUGCUGAAUAUGUAUUUCUGGGCGAGGAGACUGGUUCUUAGUCGGAACGCGGGAGAGGCGCAGGAGAAGGACGGCGCGGGGAGUCAGAGGGAAGACCGUGUUGAGCGCGCGAUCUCGUGGGUUCAGAUGUCGGCGUGUGUGGUGUUCCAAGCCCUCGAGAACGGCGCGUAUCUCUCGUCGAAAGGCGUCUUGGGCUGGUCGGCUGCGACGCAGCGCAAGGCGGGGCUGUGGAGCGCGCGGUUUUGGGCGGCGUUUGUGGGGGUCGAGGUUGGGAGGCUGUUUUAUGAGAGUCAUCGACGGGGGCUUAGGACGAGAGAGGAGAAGUUCGCUGGUGGGAAGACGGCGGCGCAGGUUCAGAGGGAUGAGAUUGAGUGGGGUGAUGCGUGGAAGAAGAGUGUUGCGCGGAAUUUGGCUUGGGCUCCGUUGACGGUUCAUUGGAGUCUGGAGCAGGGGCUUUUGGGCGAGAUGGCGAUUGGUGCGCUAGCGAGCAUUCCUGGCGUUAUUCAGAUGAGGGAUUUGUGGAGGAGGACGGCGGAGUAG